AUGCCAAUCCUAGAAAAAGACGCAGAGAAGAAAGGGAAAGACAUUCACCGCCAAGAUGAAACGGUUCUACCCAAGCUUCCAGUUCCACCCCUGCAACAAACAUUGCACAUGUUCCUUCAAUGCAUGAAACACUUGGUGUCAGAAGAACAGUAUAAGAAGACACAAGUCAUAGUGGAGAAGUUUGGAGCAACGGGAGGCCCUGGAGAGCUCCUUCAGCAAAAGCUUCUUGAAAGACGGGAAAAGCUUGACAACUGGGUUUUAAACUACUGGCUAGAUGACAUGUACCUCAACAACCGAUUGGCUCUUCCAGUCAAUUCCAGCCCAGCAAUUAUCUUUGCUCGCCAACAGUUCCAAGAUGCAAAUGACCAACUGAGGUUUGCUGCCAAUCUCAUUUCUGGCGUGCUUGACUACAAAGCCCUGCUGGACACCCAUGCUUUGCCUGUUGAUUUUGCUCGCGGACAGCUCUCUGGCCAUCCCCUCUGUAUGAAGCAAUACUAUGGACUCUUUUCUUCCUAUCGUCUUCCAGGACCUACCAAAGACACCUUGGUGGCCCAGAAAAGCAAUAUCAUGCCUGAACCAGAACAUAUCAUUGUUGCUUGUAACAAUCAGUUUUUUGUUUUGGAUGUUGUCAUUAAUUUCCGCCGUCUCAGCGAAGGGGAUCUUUUCACUCAGUUGUGUAAGAUAGUCAAAAUGGCUGAGAAUGAAGAAGAGAGACUGCCUCCGAUCGGUCUCCUGACAUCUGAUGGACGGACAGAGUGGGCUGAAGCCAGGACAAUCCUUGUUGAAGAUUCUACAAACCGAGACUCACUCGAUAUGAUUGAGCGAAGCCUGUGCUUAGUCUGCCUUGAUAGCCCAACUGGAGAGGAGCUCACAGAUACCAACAUGGCCUUGCAGCUCCUACACGGAGGAGGCUACAACAAAAAUGGGGCCAAUCGCUGGUACGACAAGCCCAUGCAGUUUGUUGUGGGAAGAGACGGAGUCUGUGGGACGGUGUGUGAGCAUUCCCCUUUUGAAGGAAUCGUCCUGGUGCAGUGCAUUGAACAUUUGUUCAGACACAUGAAGGAAGGUGCAAAGAAAUUGGUCAGAGCAGAUUCAGUGAGUGAACUUCCUGCUCCAAGAAGACUGAGGUGGAAAUGUUCUCCAGAAAUUCAGGGCCAUUUGGCAUCAGCAGCGGAAAAGCUUCAAAGGCUGGCGAAGAACCUAGAUCUUCUUGUGUAUAAAUUUGAAAACUAUGGGAAAGAAUUUAUCAAGAAACAGAAGAUGAGUCCAGAUGCGUAUAUCCAAGUAGCACUACAGCUGGCUUUCUACAGAUUGCAUGGGAAACUGGUCCCUACCUAUGAAAGUGCUUCCAUACGCCGAUUUAAAGAGGGAAGAGUUGACAACAUCCGGUCUGCAACUCCUGAAGCUUUAGCUUUUGUAAAAGGAAUGACAGAUAAGAAACCACCUCUGCGGGACUCUGAAAAAAUGCAACAUUUUAAGGAUGCAAUAGCAGCUCAAACCAAUUACACUAUUUUGGCUAUUACAGGAAUGGCAAUAGACAAUCACUUGCUUGCACUGCGAGAGUUGGCCCGUGAACACUUCAAGGAACUGCCGGACAUAUUUACCGAUGAAACAUAUUUAACAAGCAAUCGAUUUAUCCUCUCCACCAGCCAGGUUCCAACCACCAUGGAAAUAUUCUGCUGCUAUGGGCCAGUGAUCCCAAAUGGCUACGGAGCCUGCUACAACCCGCAGCCGGAGCACAUACUAUUCUGCAUUUCCAGCUUUAAAGAGUGCCAAGAAACAUCUUCCAGCAAACUUGCCAAAGCUCUGGGCGAAAGCCUCAUGGAUAUGAAGGAGCUGUGCCAGAAAAGCCAUUCCGUUCAUGCAAGCUCCCCAGCUAAACAGGAUGUCCCCUCAACCUCUCAGCCGGGUCCUAAGCACUAA